UCCGAGAGAGUUUGGGGAUUCUGUAACUUCCUCACGGCCUGGGUAACAAGCUCAGAUCCGACGAUUCCAGGCCCACUUUGAGCUCUUGAGUGAAGGACGCCGUCCUGCCCCCAAGCUCCUCGGUACUUGGUGGCGGCCUGCAGAGUUGGUGCACCCGUGACCUGAUUGGCUCGCCCUCUGUCGGGAGAUCGGGAAGUAAACACUCCACCAACCCUGCUGAUAACUACCAUCUGGCCCGGAGGAGGACCCUGCAAGUGGUUGUGAGCUCCUUGCUGACGGAGGCAGGGUUCGAGAGUGCCGAGAAAGCCUCUGUGGAAACCCUGACCGAGAUGCUGCAGAGCUACAUAUCAGAAAUUGGCAGGAGUGCCAAGUCUUACUGUGAGCACACAGCCAGGACGCAGCCCACGCUGUCGGACAUCGUGGUCACGCUAGUUGAGAUGGGUUUCAAUGUGGACACUCUCCCUGCUUAUGCAAAACGGUCUCAGAGGAUGGUCAUCACGGCACCUCCUGUGACCAAUCAGCCAGUGACCCCCAAGGCCCUCACUGCAGGUCAGAACCGGCCCCACCCGCCGCACAUCCCCAGCCAUUUUCCCGAGUUUCCCGAUCCUCACACCUACAUCAAAACUCCGACCUACCGCGAGCCCGUGUCUGACUACCAGGUCCUGCGGGAGAAGGCCGCCUCCCAGAGGCGCGACGUGGAGCGGGCGCUCACCCGGUUCAUGGCGAAGACAGGCGAGACCCAGUCUCUUUUCAAGGACGAUGUCAGCACAUUCCCAUUGAUCGCUGCCAGGCCCUUCACCAUCCCCUAUCUGACGGCGCUUCUCCCCUCUGAGCUGGAGAUGCAGCAAAUGGAAGAGACUGACUCCUCGGAGCAGGAUGAGCAGACGGACACCGAGAACCUCGCUCUCCACGUCAGCACGGACGACUCUGGAGCCGAGAAGGAGAACGCUUCUGUUCUACAGCAGAACCCCGCCUUGCCGGGCAGCCGGAACGGGGAGGAGAGCGUCAUCGACAACCCCUAUCUGAGGCCCGUGAAGAAGCCCAAGAUCCGCAGGAAGAAGUCCCUGUCGUAAGCUGAGGCAGGAGCCCGGCCCGUCAGGACGCGACACUCCUGCGCAGGGGCGUGAAGGGCACGAGGGGAGCGGAAAGGGCGACCUGUGGCCACGCGGAAGCUGCAGUGUGAGCAGCGUGAAGAGCAGCAAGCCUGCUGGGGGCCGGGGUCGAGGACGACGGGGUCCUGGGAACCAGCAGGAGUCAUCGACUGGGGUGCGGGCCCACUGGUGACUUCACUGUUGUUCCUGGCUUGAGUCCCUUGAAGAGGUCUCUGUUGCUCUGCUUCCUGCCAGGAAGACUGCCCAGUGUUGAUUUCUGGCUAUCGGAUCCCCUUUGUUGACUCACAAAUAACUACAGAACCGACUUAUUGACCCAGAACCUCAUUCUUGCUCUGUCCUCACCUGGGCCCCCAGGUCCGUGGUGAGACAGGAAGUGUAAUCCACAGCUUUGCUCUGGGGCUGGCGGAGGCCGAAGCCUGGAUCCAUGUGUUCUUAUAAAGGGCAGUGACUGACUGAGGGCUGUGCUGAUCCACUGGCCAGCACUUGCCAAAAGCUGCCCAUGCGAAGGCCAUCCUGAAAGAGUCGUCACUCACAAUCCGUCUGUGGACUGUGUUUGGGAACUACCAGUGCUCCCUCUCCUCCUCUCCCUCCUCCUCCUGUGAGCAGGUCUUCCUGGAAGACUUGACAGCUCUAGAUUUCAAACCUGAAGGAGGAGGACUUGGUGUGGUGGGGCUGGGGGAUGGGAUUUGGAGAAGCCUGGCCUUGUGUUCUGGAAACGGAGCAGUCCAGUGGGUCUUACUGGAAGACUGGGGUGGCCCAGAGGCCAUGUUCCCACCUACUGGCAGAAGUCGGCGGGGCGUGGUGGUGCACGUCUUUAGUCCCAGCACUUGGGAGGCAGAGGUGGGAGGAUUGCUGUGAGUUUGAGGCCACCCUGAGACUGCAUAGUGAAUUCCAGGUCAGCCUGACCAGAGUGAGACCCUACCUCGAAAAAAAAAACAACAAAGUAGGUUGAGAGGAGCCAAGCCAUGCUGUUCUCCAAGAGACCCGUCUCUCUUCACUGUGCCCUGGGAGAAGAGAGCGCCCUGCAGACCGUGAAGAUGCUUGACAAGCAGCCGGUCCCCUUUGGCCGUCUCAGGAGGAAGAGUUUGAAACCAAAUCCAGGGGCCGGAAAGAUGGCUUAGCCGUUAAGCACUUGCCUGUGAAGCCUAAGGACCCUGGUUCGAGGCUCGAUUCCCCAGGACCCACAUAAGCCAGAUGCACAAGAUGGUGCAUCUAGAGUUCAUUUGCAGCGCUGGAGGCCUUGAUGUGUUCAUUAUCUCUCUGCCUCUUUCUCUCUCUGUCCUCUCAAAUAAAUAAAUAACAAUAAACAAACCAAAUCCAGGGAAGGAAAAUAGCAGACACACCCUGAAGUUGACCUUGGAUGAACUAUUGUCUCUGGAAACAGCCAAUUCCCUGCAUUUUACUUCUACCUCCACUUGACUUCCACGGUGUGGAUCUCUCUGCUGUCUGUCUGUCUGUCUGUCUGUCUCUCUCAUGUCUCUGUUGCUCUCCCCCCACCCCCAUGGGAUCUCAUUCUAUACCAGGCUGUCCUCACCCUCCCAGUGAGCCUCCUGAGUGUUGGGAUUACAGAUGAGAACCACUGCGCCAGGCUUCUGGGAAACAUCUCUUAAUCGUUCCCUUGGCUACUGGGAUGCUCCAUACUCUUCUGGCCUCGCUGUUCUCUUGGGCACUCAGUCCCUUCACCUGGAAGAAAAAUAACUGCUUGUCUGGAUUCCCCGGCUCUGGACCACGUGUGAGUGCUUUCACAGUCACCUGCAACUGCCAGUUAAAAGCAGUAGGCUGACUGGCUUGUGUAACCCCCUCCCCCUCAGGUUUGUGACUAAGAUGCAUGGCCCCGUGGGCUGAAGUCCAGUCACAGGGUGGACAUGAGGGAGCGCAGCUUCAGGCAGCGGGCGCCCGCGUCCUCGCGCAGCCGCAUCCCUGCCCAGAGCAGCCCUGGGGCGAGUUCUAGGGGGUGAGGUGGGGUGGGAAGGGGCUGGCGCCGCUCUGCUCCCACAGUCUGCUGGAACUCGGCGAUGAGAGACACUGGGAAAUGGACUGACAGCUUGAAACAUUGACCCAACUGCUGUAGCAGAAACUGCCUACUUCUCUGUAUAUUUAUAAAUUUUUAUUUUUUUAUAAGUGUGGGGAGCUUCUCGGAGGGAAAAAAUAGACAGCUAAAGUGUGACUGAGGAAAGGCCCAUAAUACAGUUCAUAAUAAAAACUUUGUAAAUAAGCGAAA